AUGUACCGCGCGAAUGUAAAAAAGACGAACGAACCCUCGGUUCAAUACGAAUUUGCUCUUUUUCUAACUAAUUCUGCUCAAGAGUUAGCUGCUCAGACCUCGACAUCGACCACGAAGAGCACGGACAGCCAAGAGGCUGACAAAUCCUCACCAGUAGCCACUAGGGCUGAAUACCUCCGCGAAGCUCGCCAAAUAUUGCAGAAACUGUCUGAUCGCAGCUAUCCAUUCGCUCAGUACUACUUGGCGGACGGCUAUGCGUCUGGCAUCUUUAAUAAGGACCAAGAAGAUUACGAGAAAGCCUUUCCGCUUUUUGUUGCCGCCAGCAAGCAUGGACAUGCUGAAGCCGGUUAUCGAGCUGCUUUGUGCUAUGAAUUUGGAUGGGGCUGUCGAAGAGAUCCCGCCAAAGCCGAACAGUUCUAUCGCCAAUCUGCAUCUAAAUCCCAUCCGGGCGCAAUGUUACGGCUUGGCAAAGCGUGCUUGUCUGGCGACAUGGGCCUUGGAAAACGCUAUCGCGAAGGAAUCAAAUGGCUGAAAAGAGCGGCAGAAUCCGCUGACGUGCAAUAUAACUCUGCACCCUACGAGUUGGCGAUACUACAUGAAACAGGCUAUGGCCCCGAUAUUUUCAAGGACGAGGCAUAUGCGGCCCAGCUUUUCACCCAAUCAGCGGAUCUGGGUCACGCAGAAGCUGGGUUUCGGCUGGGCGAAGCCUAUGAAUAUGGGCAACUUGGCUGCCCUCGCGAUCCGGCGCUUAGCGUUCACUUUUACAACUGUGCCGCUCAACGAGGACAUCCUCUGGCAAUGAUGGCUCUUUGUGCGUGGUAUAUGAUCGGCGCAGAGCCUGUUCUAGACAAGGACGAGAAUGAAGCAUACGAAUGGGCUAGAAAAUCAGCUGAAACUGGACUGUACCCAAAAGCCGAGUAUGCGGUCGGCUACUUUAAAGAAAUGGGCAUUGGAUGCCGUCGAGACACACUUGACGCGAAUGUAUGGUAUGUCAAGGCCGCAAGUCAUGGGGAUGAACGGGCAAAACAACGCCUAGCAAUUAUCCAAGCAGCGGCCUCUGGCGAGACGGACAAAGCUAUGCCCAGUGCUGGAGACAAGAGUAAAAGUAAAGCAGGCGACGCAACCGGCACGGAACAGGUGGCCGAUGGUAAGAAUUGUAUCAUUAUGUAA